AUGUCGUCCGCGCCCCAUUUCUGGUCUACACCCUUCCGCUACUGCCGCUGGGCAGCCGUUGAGAAGCCCGCCCUCUUCUGGUCCGUCAUCAUCGGCGGCAUUGGUCCCGUCAUGAUUUACCCUAUCCGCUCGCUACGCUACAACGUCCUCAACGACCCCGAUCCUCCUGCUAUCCCCAACACAUACCCCGUCCCAUCCGGGCCACGAAAACAACUGACUGGCUACGAUGACGAAUAA